AUGAACUUCAUCAAACAAUGCUGGGAUGAGAUUGGUAAGGAGUUCACUACAGCUGUGAUGGGGUUCUUCCAAAGUGCGAAACUACCAACUGAUGCGAAUGUCACGUGGGUGACACUAGCUCUGAAGUAUGUGGGUGCUAAGGAGAUCAAGGAUUUUCGAUCGAUCAGUAUGGUUGGGUGUGUCUAUAAGGUGAUAUUGAAGGUUUUGGUGAGAAGAAUGAGAUCAGUAAUGCCGAAUUUGGUAGGGGAGACACAUGGUACUUUUGUGAAGGGUAGAAAAAUUCAUGACGAUGCCCUUAUCGCAUGUGAGACGGUUCAAUGGCUCAAGGCACAUAAGAAGAAGGCAGCAAUAUUAAAGCUAGAUUUUCAGAAAGCAUAUGAUAGGGUCAGAUGGAGUUUUGUGGAUUUUUUGUUGCAAAAGAUGGGAUUCGGGCGAAGAUGGAGAGAUUGGAUGACGGAAUGUGUCAGUUCAGCCACUAUGUCAGUUUUGGUUAAUGGGUCACCAUCCAAGCCGUUAAAAAUAGAGAGGGGCCUCAGACAAGGUUCUUAUUUGUUCUUGUGGUCGACGUGCUGCAUAGGACGUUAG